UGUGGAGCAGCACUGAGGGCUGAUGGGAAUUCAGUCUUUGGUGCUGGUGAAGGUGUUGUGUGGAUGAACAAAGUCGAGUGCAGAGGGAAUGAGAUUCACCUGUGGGACUGUCCUCUCUCCCUGAAUAACCACACUGACUGCUCCCGCAAGAAGCUUGUUAGACUCAACUGUGAAGACUUGUCAGAUGUGUCAGUGUCCACUACUCCUGCCACAACCUCAUCAGCUUCUCCUCCAGUUUCUCCUUCAGUGCGCUCCACAUCAGUCUCUCAUUCACAAACUCCUCCACCAGUGUCUCUCCCAGUGCUUGUGAUUGUUCUGGGAGUUGUGCUCUUACUGCUCUUAGUGCCACUGCUUAUACUGAUUCAGCAGAACAGAGUGAUGAGGAGAGCUCUCUCUAAGAGGAGACACAGGACGAUGUCUGAGGCCGUUUAUAUGAGGAGAUUCAACAUGAGCCACUAA